AUGAGCGUCCUCUUUGUCGAACUCGCCAACCCUGACGCCGUGGACGGCACCGCGAGCGCCCACUUGGCCCGCAACGGCGUCAUGAUCAGGGCCGACCAGUCGUACGAGGCCGCCCUCGCUGAAGUUCGAGCCCACUGGCGCCUCAAGGACGACCUGUACACCUGCUCGUUCUCGCAGCGCCGACCCGGCCGCCCUCGCCCCAUCUUCAUCGCCCCGUCCGCCUGGUCUCUCGUCGACCCGACCAUCGACCUCGAGCUGGUCGUCAUCCCGCUCAACGUCAAGGCCGAGGGCGACCGCAAGCAGAGCCCGGCCGAGCGCAUCGGCAGCGAGCCGGCCGAGGGCAACCUCGUCCCGCCGACGGCGUCCCAGGCGACGAGCAACGGCGUCGCGCCCGCCACGCCGAGCAACACGGACGACUCGGACUCGGAGGUGAGCGACAGCGACGCCGAGGUGGCGCCCGCACCCGCACAAGCUCUCGACGCGUCGGCUCGUACGCCUACUACGUCAAUCGUCGAGGCCGUCUCGCCUGCACCCGGCCCUGUCGCCGGGCCGUCCGGCCUCGUCCACUCGACGCCGGGAACCGCACACGGCUCCGACCGCGACCGCUCGCCCACCCCUUCCCCGUCCAACCGCUCAGCGAAAGCCAAGCUCCGACACCUCAUCGAGCAAGCCGAGUGCGCCGAGACCCGCAGCUCGUCCCCCAUCCCCUCGGCCCGACCUCGCUCGCGCAGCUCGACCCCGCCGAGCCAGCCUCUGAGCCGCAGCAGCCUCGAGCACAGCAUCGAGAGCCACGCGUCGUUCCGCAUCGGCCUCGACGACGGCGGCAACGUCGCAUUCGUGCCGCCGUCGCCUCUGCCUCGCGGCGAGCCCGGCCCGUCGUCGAGGUCCAAGGGCAAGCAGCGCGCGCGCUCGCCCUCGCCGCGCGAGGAGGCCGUCUCGUCCCCCGUCGAGGCGCUCAAGACGCUCAAGCGCUCGCCGUCGUCGCUCGAGGGUACGCCGCGCAAGCGCCUCCACCGCGCCCCGUCGCAGGCCCGGACCGCCACCUUACCUCGCAUCCGCUCGCCCUACGUCGCCGCCGCGGCCGCCGCCGCCAUGCAGGCCCCCUCGCCCGGCCUCUCGAUCACCGACUCGUCGUCGGGCCGCAACUCGGGCCCGUCCGGGCGCGCCGCACCUCGCAAGAGCCACGCCGACAAGCGUCGCGAGGCGCUCGCCCGUCCCCGAGUCGCCGUGCCCGACACUCGGCGCAGCAGCCGGUUCCACUACUACCUGCGCCUGCCCAACUGGCCCGGCGCGCGCGGCGACGUCACGCUCGGCCUCACGCUCCAGUUCGUGUUCGAGGCGGCGGCGAGGGCGACCGGGUGGGACGUCGAGGACCUGCGCCUCACAUUCUACUCGCGGUACGCGUGCGACGAGCUCGAGCUGCGGGACGACGACGACGGGCGGGCGGCAGGGACGGCGGCAGCGGCGCCGCCGAGGACGAUCGUGUGGGGGUUUGACGGCCUGCUCACGGGUUUCCGCGACCUCGAGGAGAUCGGGCUCAGCAACGGCGACGUUGUCGACAUCGACCACGUGCCGUACGACCCGAGGCGGGCGUACUGGGACGAGUCGUGACGGGCCCGGACGAGGAGAGGGACGUGCGAGGACGAUGCAACGCUGUGGACAUUCGUGAC